GUGACAAAUGUCAUAAACGAAACAUGGUCCAAUUCGAAGAUUCACAUAAACUUCCAUCGUUCGAGGAAAAUACCUCCAAGCCCCAAAAGCAAACGCUUCUCUCACGAUACCAAAUACCUAUUAAUCAUCUUGACUUUGCUUAUGUAAAAGCAUGCACGAACGCGAAAGAAAUCGAAAGAAUUUACAGAAUCUUGCAAUCCGGUGAAGAAGGUCAUUUUCCGGACUUACUAAAAACAACCGAAGAAAGACUGAAGUUACUGAAACCAAACAGUAAGUACAUACAAGAAAUUUGUCCAGUAUUGAAGGUAGACGAAGUUCCAAAAGAAGAAUGGAAUCGCCUAUCAAAUGAACUAUGCGACUGGAUGGAGGACGCCAACAAAAAAGACGAGGAGUUAAACGCGGCGAAAGUGUCAGAGAUCAAUUGUGAUGUGGAGAUACGCAAAACAAAAUCGGAUUACAAACCGGCAGCGCAAUCGAAUCCGAAACGAAUCGCAUCCACCGACUACGAAUCUUGGGAUAAAUACGACCCGGAGACAGAAAUAUUAAAGAUGGAUCUGCGAGAUGAAAAAGAACGAAACGAGGCACUCAAGAGGCAAACCAAGUUAAAACAGGAGAAGACCGUGCGUUUUAGCAAUUUCGCAACUGAGGCCGAAGCAAUUUAUGAAGCGAAUAGCGAAAGAGAACGCGGUAACGAGUGUUUUAAGGCGGGCGAAUUUAAAAUGGCCUUGAGGCACUAUACGCAAAGUUUGCAGUGCAAACCAACCGCCUCCGGUUUCACAAAUAGGGCCAUAACAUACAUUAAGUUAAAAAAAUUCCAACUAGCCAUCAACGAUUGUAAACAAGCGCUUAAUUUAGAUCGUCAAUGCUUCAAAGCGCACUUAAGAUUAGCCCAAAGCUAUGAGGCGUUAAAACAGUACGAAGCAGCACUAACACAUAUCACUACUGCCGUACAAAUAGAUCCCAAUAACACUACUGCGCAAGAUAUCGCCAAACGUUUAGCAAGCUAUGGCCCAACUGUCAAUAAAAUAAGACUGACAAUCGAAGAUGUCGAAUCUACUAAAAUGAAACCAUUGACAUCAAUCCUGAAAUCUUCAACUGAAAUUAGUGAAAAAGAAGUCAUUUCGAUUCCAGGGAGCAGCACCAUGCCUCCACCGUUCUACGUUGAAGUACCCACCGCCGAUCCCAAGGUGGUCGAGAGGGAAAAGCGAAAAAUUCUUUCUGCACCACAGCUACUUCAUAUGACCACUAUUGAUCCGCCAUCCGAUGAGGAGCGUGACUGUGAAUCUCGAGAACCUCUGGAUCUGGAUCAGGAUGAUUGCGCGAUAUCCGCCAAAGAAGGGUGUCUGAAACGCAGCAAAUCCGAAACCGACAUCACAGCCACUGGAAAAGGUGUAACGUGUGAAGAAGGUUCCAAAACUGACUUAUUAGCUGAUACGGAAAGUGAUCAAAAGGUUCAAUGUGAUGAUAUGGGUGGAAAAGGAGAACCUUACAGUCGACAUCAAGAGUUUGUAAUUACAGAGGAAGAUGUACAAACGCCUUAUAUGUUUACAACGAUAUGGAAUUCGGUAAAGAACGACACCACCUAUACACACCAGGCAGAAAUUUUGCGGAAAGUCGAUUUUGAGAGAAUCCACGAAGUAAUCGGUUACAACUUGGACGAAGGUAUGCUGAGCAGCAUAAUACAAUGCCUUCACCAACACUUCAUGGUUCCCAGCGAACUAGAUAGAGUCAAGUUGGCUCUAUCAAACUUCAAUCGUAUUCCACGCUUUCAGAUGAUGUUACUAUUUUUGUCAGAGCAUGACAGAAAAUGCAUAAAGCAACUAAUGGAAUUUUUAGAUCAGCACGAAAGAAAUUUAGAAAAUAAUGUAAAAGAAAUUUAUACUAAUUAAAUACAUUUGUUGCAUACUAACCUGA